AAACUUAUAUACGUAGGUGUAUAUAUUUCAUGUAAAAUCGUGGCGAAAAGAUUAAGAGAAAGAGAAAUAAGUCGGACACUAAUUUCCAUUACCAAAUGGCACCGACAGUAACAGCCGCCGAGGCGCCACCGCCGACAGUAAGUACGGUGGCGGCAGAGCCACAACCACCUCCAACUGUAACUGCCAGCGACCAGGAUGAGUUUACACUGGACGCCAUACUGAAGCGCAUUGGACAGUUCGGGCGCUUUCAGUUGGUUAUAUUUCUGCUUAUCUGCUUGCCCAUGAUGUUUCAUGCGAUGUUCUCGGUUACAUAUGUUUUCACGGCCGCCACAGUGGUGCAUAGAUGUAAUAUCACAGAAUGCGAUAAUUCUGCGAGUCAGUACAUAGAGCCAUGGACUGAAUACACCAUUCCGCUGAACGGCAAAGAACUGGACAAGUGUAACCGGAUUGCUAACAAACAAAUGUCCCAGGGGAACGAAUCCUAUGAGCUAAACAUUUGUGUUGUCGAAAACUAUGAAGACCAACCAACUGAGAGUUGUCCCAACAACAAUUUCAUAUUUCGGGAUGAAGAAGUGACCAUUUCUAAUGACUUUGGUAUUUUUUGCAAUGAAGAAUGGAAAUUAUCACUUGUAGGCACAAUAAAUAAUCUCGGCCAAUUCUUUGGAAUACCUAUUGGUGGAUUCGUUGCAGAUCGCUAUGGCCGCACUUUCUCCAUUGCCUUGGGAGGCACUCUGGGGGCGCUGCUGGGUGUAAUACGCUCCUUCUCCCCCAGCUAUAUAUGGUUUAUCAUCUUCGAGUUCCUGGACAAUCUGACCAGUAGUACCUUAUAUUCGACAUGCUUCAUUAUUGGCAUCGAGUUGGUUGGACCCAAGUAUCGGGUGUGGGCGUGCAGCCUCAUUACUAUUUUCUAUGCGGUAGGCGAGGUUGCCCUGGCCAUGUUUGCAAAGGCUUUUCAGGAUUGGCGCGCGCUUUUGCGCGUCACUUAUAUGCCUUCGCUCAUUUUAUUGGCCUACUUCUGGAUAUUACCGGAGAGCGUGCGUUGGCUUCUUAGUCAGGGCAAGGAGAGCCAAGCUACGGACAUUUUGAGACGCGCUGCUAGAGUCAAUGGACGUAAGCUAUCAGAGAGCGCACUCGAUAAGCUAGUCGUGUGCAAUCGCGAAAAGUUACAACAAUCCCAAGAGAGCAAAUUCCCUAUCAAAGAAGCCUUCAGCAACUUUAAAUGGCGAAUUGCAAACUGUUCGUUCUGCUGGAUUGUUCACGUCCUCGUCUACUAUGGACUCAGCUUGAAUGUGGUUUUGCUGGAUGGUGAUAAAUAUAACAACUUCGCCUACAUUGCCUUGGUUGAAAUACCGGGAUUCCUAGUGCCACUUCUGGUCAUGGAUCGCUUUGGCAGACGAUAUUCUCUCAGCGGACUGAUGAUACUAAGUGGGCUCUGCUGUAUAGCGACAAUUUUUGUGAAUGGCGACAACUAUAUCUGGCAGCUAAUCCUCUUCUUGGUUAGCAAGUUGACCAUCACUGCCAGUUUCCAGGUGCUCUACUUCUUCGCGUCUGAGAUAUUUCCCACAAAUCUGCGCAACAGUUUGCUGAGCUUCUGCUCAAUGAUGGGACGAUUCGGGUCUAUGCUGGCCCCUCAGACACCACUUUUGGCCAAAUAUUACCCAAAUGCUCCAUUAAUACUCUUCGCCGGUGGGGCUAUAAUUAGCGGCUGUCUAACGCUAUUCUUCCCGGAGACUACCAAUAUUGUACUGCCCACUACAGUGAAGGAGGCGGAUGCUAUAGGUGUAAAGAAAAAGCCUCCUAAGAGUAAUGAUAUAGCCAUAUAGGCAGUAAGUAGCAAUAAAUAGAUCAGUAAGACACAACCUAGUCUAAGACAAAUCAAAUAGGUACUAGCAUACACGUAUAUAUUUAGUUCCAAGCUACACCCACAUGGAGCUUAUAUGAUCAAUACACUGCACAUACUUACGAGUAUGUGCCUGCAGACACCA